UUUACAAAUGAAGCAAUCCUUUCAGCAUAGCCUGUUGUUCUUCUAUGUAACAGUUCAAGCGGAAGAAGGUUGCUGAGAGAUAUCUCAUAAAAUCGAUAAAUUGAAACUAUAAAGGCAUGCCAUUACAUUUCCACUGAAUAAUAAUACAAUACGAAAGGUGGUCCAGCACCCGGGGGUAAUAAACAUAUGAUCCACGGAACGCAUACAUGUAACACAAACUUCUCUCUAUAGCACAUACGUUGCUUUUCCUUCACUUUACUUUUACACAAUUCACAGUGACAGGCAGUGCUGCCAUAGCUACUCUCUCCCUCUCUCUUUCUUAGCUGUGUUUCAUUCUGAUUUCAAGUGAUUUGGAGUAUUAGCAGUUAUGAGUGAAGUCAUGGACCAUAAAACAUGGCUGUGGAGGAAGAAAUCUGCAGACAAGAUUGUUGUUGCAACUGAUCAUAAAGUUGACCUUUCAUCAAACGAAGAAGAGAUACAGACACUAUUGGCUGAUAAGGCUGAAUUGGAGAAUCACCUGAAAAUUUUGAGUGGCAAGCUUGCAUCAGCCCUGUCUGAGUGUAAUGCCAAAGAUGAUCUUGCAAAGAAACAAGCCAAGCUUGCAAAGGAAGCCAUGACAGACCAGGCGGAGGCAGAAGCAAAAGCAGUGUCUCUAAAGCAAGAAUUAGAUAAAGCCUUGCAGCAAAGAGCAGCUGGGGAACAAAGAUCGACUCAUCUGGAAGCUGCCCUCAAGGAGUGUAUGCAGCAGCUACGUUUUGUUCGAGAAGAUCAGGAGCAAAGGAUUCAUGAUGCUGUCAUGAAGACAUCCAAUGAAUUUGAAAAGUCCCAGAUGAUUUUGGAAGAGGAGCUGGCAGAGACCAGUAAAACACUUGCCAAAAUUGGUCUUGAGAAUACUCAUCUAAGCAAGGCUCUCUUAGCAAAGGAAAAGUUGAUCGAAGAUUUAAGUAAGCAAAAGGCACAGGUGGAGGCAGAUUUUAAUGCCCUGAUGAGUAGGUUAGAGUCCACGGAAAAAGAUAGUGCUUCUCUCAAAUACGAAGUCCGAGUGCUAGAAAAGGAGCUUGAGAUCCGAAAUAAGGAGACAGAAUUUAACCGCAGAACAGCAGAUGUAUCACACAAGCAACACUUAGAGAGUGUGAAAAGAAUUGCGAAGUUGGAAGAAGAAUGUCAGAGGCUUCGUGUGCUGGUCCGCAAGCGGUUGCCCGGCCCUGCUGCCUUGGCUAAAAUGAGAAGUGAAGUAGAAAUCCUUGAAAGAGAUUCAGUUGAAAUGAGCAGGAGAAGGUUAAAUGGUCGUCCUAUGGGUUUAGUGGGUGACUCAGGUGUUGAAAACUCUGCUGAUUCUCCCAGAAAAAGGAUCAACUUUCUGACUGAGCAGCUAUGUGUAGUGGAAGAAGAAAACAAGACUCUCAAGGAAGCCUUUAAUAAAAAAGCAAAUGAACUCCAGUUUUCAAGAGCCAUGUAUGCUCGCACAGCUUCCAAAUUAUCACAGGUUGAGUCGCAUCUUGAUGAAUUGUUAAAAGGACAGACAACCUUAGACAGAACAAGGAGCGUGGUUAUGCCACAUGAGCUGUCUCUGGCCUCAACGUCUGAGAUAGGCAGUGAUAAUAAGGUUAGCUCUGCUGAAUCUUGGGCUUCUGCUUUGAUUUCAGAAUUGGAGCACUUCAAACAGGGAAAGCAAAGGGGGUCGCCAACAAACAGAACUAAAGGAGCUUCAGACAUAUCCAUGAUGGAUGACUUUGCUGAAAUGGAAAAACUUGUAGUCUCAGUAGAUGAACAGUUCGAAGGUCCUUGUGUUUCUUCUGAGAAUGUUAACGAAAUAGGUCGGGAGAUCAUUCCAGUAUCAGAGUCUGGAUCUACUGUAUCAAACCAGGUAAUCAAUUCCAGAGAUAAAGCUUCUGGUUGGCUACAUGAUAUUCUGAAAGUCGUGUUGGAGCAAAAUCGUGUCACGCUAAGAAAGCCUGAUGAAAUACUGGAGGAUGUUAGAAUAGCUCUGGCAAAUAUAAAUCAUGCAAGCCCUGCAGAAUAUGAUGAUACAAGGCAAAGCUCAACACAUUCUGAUGGAUUAAAUUCAUUUCAUGUUGGUGGAUAUACCUCAUGGAAACCUAUAUAUUUGGUGGCUGAUUCACCUGGUAGAAUUACUGAAGCUGAUGCCUUGUCGACAGAUAAGAGCAGUCAGCCAGAUCUCAGCAAAUCACUCUGCAAGAUUAUUGAGCUUAUUGAAGGGAUCACUUUAUCCUUUGCUGAUUAUGAAAACUCAGAGACCUUGACCAGAAAGGAUGGGAGUUUUUUGCCUUAUGAGAACACAGAAACGCAUUCAGGCUACAUAGUCCGUGUUUUGCAGUGGAAAACUUCUGAACUAAUUGCUGUAUUGCAGCAAUUUGCUCAUGCGUGUUAUGAUCUGUUGGAUGGAAAAUCCGAUUUGAACAUGUUUUCCCAAGAAUUAUGUUCUGCUUUGGACUGGACCAUGAACCACUGCUUUUCCAUUCAAGAUAAGAAACAUUUUGACUGGGAUGAAUCACGGAGAGGGUGCGAAGCAGAGUUCCUUGCUUCAAAUGGACAUCACAGCUACUUUGAGAAGGAUGAAUGUCAUCAAUCUACAAUUACAGACGAGAAUAGAAAGUUAAGAGAGGAUUUGAUUAAUAUUGACUCUGAAAAGAGGGACUUGGAAGCCAGGCUCCAGUCAGCUACUAAUAACAGUGAGUCCUUGAUGAAUCAACUAAAGGAAUCUGAGAAAAUCAUUGGAGGCCUGCAAACAGAUUUAGAAACUUUGAGAGGUUUGAAGGCAAGGUUUGAGAGCCAAAAUGAAAAUCAUAAGCUGAAGAAAGAAGAUGUUGACACACAGCUUACAGUGGCCAGAGCUGAAUUGAAUGAGGCUCACCAGAAGUUAUCUUCCAUGGAAAUGGAACUGGAGAACAAAAGGAGUUGCUGUGAAGAAUUGGAAGCUACAUGUCUUGAACUGCAGCUCCAACUUGAAAGUAUGAAGAAAAAGGAUCUCUAUCAGGAAGAGAGCCAGCUCCGGACUGGUUUGGAGAUAACGGCUGCUUCAGAAAAGUUAGCUGAGUGCCAAGAGACAAUUCUAAACCUGGGGAAGCAGUUAAAGGCAAUGGCUUCACCAAGCGAAGCAGCCCUGUUUGACAAGGCCAUUUCUACAUCCACCGACACAAAUACCACAGCAGUCACCACGUCCACAAGCAAAGCCUUGCCUUCACCCAAGAACAAGAACCAGAGGUCCUCUUUGCUAGAUCAGAUGCUAAAUGAGGACAGUGCUGAAGUGAGGGACACUCAAUCAAUCAAUCGCAAAGAAAGUGACAGCAAUUCCAGUCCCACCGUCAUUUCCACUAAGGUGAUCGAACCUCUUGAAAAGAUCCCCGAUUUAAAUGAAAUCAAACACCAGGAUGACGACGCUGCAAUUAAUUAUUUGGCCAUUGUGCCUAGCAAGAAAAGUGGAGGUGCAAAUUUGUGGAGAAAGCUGCUAUGGAGAAAGAAGAAAUCAAGCAUCAAGAUACCAUCCUUUCCAUUUGCCCCCUAACUGGCUGCACAGUCCCCGGUCCGUAUAGAAUAAAAAUUGGUUGCACGGGUUCUCCACGGUGGUAGCUCUCAAGUUUUCUGCAUACUAGGGAUCGAAUACAUUAAGGUCUCUGCCUCCUGUUAUUUUGAGAGAUCUUUUUUGCAUCUUCGUGUGUAUUCCUUCUGUACAUUUAACUGGCUGUCCCCAGACGAGGUUUUGCACUUCGCGACAAUGCCUUCUAAUUUAUGUGGGGAUCAUUGCUUAGGACAAUGC